UAAUGCUGAAUCGUGUUUGGAUUUGGAUUUGACUGUAAUAUAUGAUCUAUAGUAUAAUGGAGGAGGACGCGGUGUCGGGUGGUGUGUGAUUCAGUACCGCGGUGAACUCGGAUCGUUAAUCCGGAUAAAUGUUGCUAAAACCGGGCAGAGCUUCUGUCCUCCUCCCGCUCCUCUCACUCCUCACACUCACACUCACAGGGCCGUGCUUGGUUCUGGCCCGGUUGCUGACAGAGCCGGAGCAGAAGUGUGAUCAGAAGCAGUUUAAGUGUCUCAGUGGGACGACGGAGUGUAUUCCUCUGGAGUGGAGGUGUGAUGGGUGGACGGCCUGCGAGGAUAAAAGUGACGAGAUGGACUGUCCACCGAUGAAGGAGGAGCGUUAUCGCUAUGGUAGCGGCUUCGAUCAGGUGGAGGAUGUGAUGGGCGUGGCGCAGCCUGUACGAUUUACCAAGAAGUGCCCAACAGGUUGGCAUCACUAUGAGAAGACGUCGAGCUGUUAUAAGGUUUAUGAAACGGGGGAGAAUUUUUGGCAGGCGGUGGAGACGUGCCAUGGGAUGAACGGCUCUCUCGCCACCUUCAGCACAGACGAGGAACUGCAGUUCAUCCUCAAAAUCGACCAGCGAGCGUGUGAGCGCAAAGACCAGUGCAGUUUCUGGGUGGGGUAUCAGUACGUCAUCACCAAUCAGAGCCGCUCGUUUGAGGGCCAUUGGGAAGUGGCGUAUAAAGGUUCGGUGCAGGUGUUCCUCCCCCCUGAGGGACUGGCGAGGGUGCUGGAACACGGUGUUAAACAGGACAGUGUUUAUUGUGCCCAACUGCAGCGCUUCCAAAAUCGAAACAUGAACGAACACGGCUUACACAGCUGGCACACCGAGAACUGCUUCAAACGCUUCCCCUUCCUCUGCAAGACAAGACAGACGUGUGUAGAUAUUCAGGAUAACGUGGUGAGUGAGGGGUACUACUUCACCCCUAAAGGGGGCGACCCGUGUUUGAGCUGUACCUGCCACGACGGUGAGGCGGAGCGGUGUGUGGCGGCUCUGUGUGAGCGACCGCAGGGCUGCACCGACUUCACCAGGGAUCCUAAAGAGUGCUGCAGAUUCACCUGCAACGACCCCGACGGCAGCAGUUUAUUUGACACCAUGGCGAGUGGGAUGCGUCUGAUUAUCAGCUGUAUCUCGUCCUUCCUGGUUCUGUCUCUGCUGGUCUUCAUGGUUCAUCGUCUCAGACAGAGACGCAGGGAGCGCAUCGAGACCCUGAUCGGGGGAAACUUGCAUCACUUUAAUCUGGGACGGAGGGUUCCAGCGUUCGAUUACGGCUCGGACACGUUCGGGACCGGUCUCACACCUCUGCACCUGUCUGACGAUGGAGAAGGCGGAGCUUUCCACUUCCAGGAGGCGCCGCCCCCUUAUGCAGCAUUCAAAUACCCAGGACUCCGCCCACCUGAUGAGUCACCACCCUCAUAUGAGCCACCACCCUCAUACGAGGCAUCCAUCAACCCCAACGCCACCCUCUACGUGGAGCUGGGGCCGAACGGUCCUCAGGUGGGCGUAGGACGGGAAGGCGGAGCUUUGUGCAGACCCCCCCUCCAGGCCACGCCCCCACCCCCGCCGCUGGAGGAGAGGUCGGAGUCUAUCGACAGCAGCACCAUGCUGGUCACACCGGACACGCCCUCGGACACCGACGACGACGACCAGAGCUCCGCCCCUGACUCCAUGAACUCCGCCUCUCUCAGUACGGUAGUGUGAGGAUGUGGGCGGAGCCUGAACUAAGAGCACAUGGUUUUUCUAACGAACUGUUUAUUAAUGCACAAAGUAUUCUGUGUAAAUAUGGCCGCUCGUUUACUUCCUCUGUACAGACUGCUAACGAGAAGGGGCGGAGCAUCACCUGUCUCUCAGUUCUCAGUGUGAGUGUGUGAUGAUGCUCCUCGUGAUCUGAUCUGAGUUCUGCUGGAACAGCCUGGGGGGGGUCCUGACCUUUCACCUUCACUGUAAACCCUCCCAGUUCUGGACUGGAGUAACACUAACCACUGCAGCUCUAAACCAGGGGCGUGUCUUCUACCAGGGGUUUUGUCCUUUAUCAGAGUUGUAUCCACUAUCAGGGGUGUGUCUUCAACAAUGGGGCGUGUCCUCUACAGGGGCGUGUCCUCUAUAAGAAGUUGUUUCUAUUUUAAAACAGCAUGUAGAUCCAGACAGAGUUUUGAUUGGUUGGAUGUGUAGCAGUAGAUGUUCUCAUUCCACCCAGGCUUCACUCCAGAAAUCAGCGAAUUCUCUCUCCUCUCAGAUCAACACGUCACUCUAGUAACUCUAAACACUGAAUUUUAUUGUGUAUUUAUUUUUAAUAGAUUGUUGAUAGAAUUCAUCAUCCAGUAUGUACUGACCA